AUGACGACUGAUUUAAUGAAUGCAUCAACACAUUCACAUAACUACCCACCAAAUCCCAAUGAAAUUGCCGGUAAUCGACGACCAGCGCGUCCGUCAAGUGCGCAAUUUCGUUCAACGACACCGACACGAAAUCGACAACAUCAAACAACAACCAACGGUUUGAAUACAACAGCAAAACUAGAACAAUCGAUUCUAAGACAGGAAUUGGAUCGAACAGGUAUGUCAACAGCAUCACAGAAAUUAAAUGGAAAAGGAAAAAGUCGUUUGUAUUCAACGUGGACACCACUACAAGAUGAUGAAACUAACGCAAGGUUGUUUGAGGAAAGAAGACAAUUGCUUAAUAAAUGGUUUGAAAAAUGGACUGAUGAUCAACGUCGAGCUGCUCUAGAUGAUCUUAUGGCACAAUCUCGUCCACGUCAAUUGACCUAUACACGAAAUUUACUAACGAAAAGGUUUCCUGCGCAUCACCAAGAUUUCACUCGACUGUUUCCACGUGUUCUUAGUCUUUAUAUAUUUUCAUUUCUUGAUCCACGCAGUCUCUGUCGUUGCGCACAAGUUUGUUGGUAUUGGAAGUUUUUAACUGAAUCCGAUCAAAUCUGGAUGCCGAAAUGUCUUCGUUUUGGUUGGACAACAAAACAAACCCCAUCGCCGUAUGAAAGUAACGUCUGGAAACGCGUUUAUUCGUUCAAUAUUCAAGCGUUGCAAACAAUGCCCAUUCGUGAUUAUUCUCAUCGUACACAAAGUGGUUAUUACGAUGAUCAAUUAUCUUCACGUCAGAAUACCUCACGUUCGCACCAUACUACUCGUAAUCAACAUAAUCAAUCUCAUUUAUCUUCGUCAGCAGUAGCAAACCGAAAAGUCGAACAUCCACCAUGGCGUGCCAACAGUCGAAAUCCAUCAGAUACACUUCGAUUUAACUACUUAGAUAAUGAUGAUAGCGAACUUGAAUCUUUAAUCGCUAAACAUCGCAAACAAGGGACAAGUGUUCUUCAUCAAACUGAAUCGGAUCUCAACACGAGCAAAGAACAUCAAACACGUGGUCGAUCUAAUGACCGAAAUGAACAUCAUGGAGGUUUACGACGAAGUCACUCUUUCAGUGCACGUGGAAGUCCAUCUGUUAGUUUUCGCGAUGAACAUACAUCGAGAAAUUUUCAACAUAAUCAUUCAUAUCUUGCUCGACCACCGUCAUCAUCAGGUAUUCCAAAUCGACCUGUAGACAUUCCUCGUCCACCAUCAUCAGCUCAGAAAGCGAGAUAUUCAUCGAAAAUACCCACAAAUGAUACAUCAAAUCGAACAUGGCAUGCAACUAAUAAUGAAGAUUACUUGGAAGAAUAG